CUGUGACGUAAUAAUGUUUUGAAAUAACUCGAUUAGAUAUUUAAACUAAAUUGAAUAAGUUAAAUUUGAUACUCCAUUUAUUAAAAUUAAAAUUGUUAUAUAGAAAUAUAUGUUAUUAAAUAUACUUUAUAAAUAUAUCAUGAAAAAAUUGACAUUUGCCUGGUAGAAAACCUGUUCAGAAAGACGCAGGAAGAUUCUCGACCAUUUCAUUGAUUGUGUUUGAGCAAGAUGUCUGCUCACAAAACAUUUAUUAUCAAGCGGAAGCUUGCCAAAAAGUUAAAGCAAAACAGGCCGAUUCCACAAUGGGUCAGAAUGCGUACUGGCAACACUAUCCGGUACAACGCCAAACGGCGUCACUGGAGAAGAACUAAGUUGAAGUUGUAAAAUGAAUUUGAUAUGUAUUUGCCUUUUUGAUUGCUAUAUACAUUAAUCGUUUAUUCGUAAAUAAACUCUAACUUUAACAUGUAAA